AUGGCUGCUAACAAGGAUAACGCCGGCGCUAGUCAAGGCGACAUCUUUGGCACCACUGCCUCGGAUCAAUUUGCCCACGUCGAAGGCUCGGACCAAAACAAAUUUGGCGUGUCUGAGGAAGAGGCCAAAGCUGGUGCCUUCCGUCGCCCCCCGACGGCCUUUCACGACACCAUUGGCUCGGAAAAGUACCCGGCCGAAGCCGGUCGCUACCACCUCUGCUGGUUUCUGGAGUGGCCCGAUGAUGGCCGACCCUACCGCGGCUGGCCCUUUACCAAGGAGGACCCCGAUCCUCUUCACCCAGAGUUUGAGUAUCUUCACGACGUUUACAAUUUGGCACAGCCCGGCUAUCCGUACAAGAAGCUUUCCGUGCCCGUCCUCUUUGAUAAGAAGACUCAGACCAUUGUUAACAAUGAAAGCAGCGAAAUCAUCCGCAUGUUCAACUCACAGUUCAACGAUUUGGCCAAGCGUCCCGAGCUGGACCUGGAGCCGGCCGAUUUGGAAUCGGCCAUGACCGAGAUUGACGAGCUCGUGUAUCCCAACAUCAACGAUGGCGUAUAUCGCUGUGGCUUUGCGGGCAGCCAGGAAGCCUACGAUACGGCCUGCACCAAGCUGUUUGACGCUUUGGACAAGGUCGAGGCGUUGUUGGGCAAGCAGCGCUAUCUCUGUGGCGACCGACUGACCCUUUCGGACAUUCGCUUGGUCACCACCUUGCUGCGCUUUGAUAUCGUAUACCAUACCCAUUUCAAGUGCAACAAGCGCCGCGUGGUGGACUACCCCAACUUGUGGGGCUACACGCGGGAGAUUUACCAGAUGGAGGGUGUCAGCGCGACGUUUAACCCGCUGGAGACCAAGAAGCACUACUUUGGUUCCCAUCGCAAGAUCAAUCCUCUGGGCAUUGUGGCCCAAGGGCCGGACAAUUACGAGGCGUUGCUCAGCGAGCCCCACGGCCGCGAUCGCGCCUACAAUUGA